UUCAAGAUGGCCGCCGCAGAGGAACUGUUCACAUCAGAUGUGCAUCUUUUUACACCAUUUUUCCAAGAAGAGGAAAACAGUAUAGUAUUUACCAGGUUUACAAUAUACAGAUCCCCUGAGAAUACCUCUGCCAAUGAGAUGGAAGGGAGAAGUCAUCACAUGGGAUUUCAUGAAACUGAUGAAGAUGAAGAUGGAGAUUUGUCACCUCCAAGAAAGUUCUCUGCCAGAGAUGACUGUGAAGUUAUUACAAUAGAACAUCAUCUUUCCACUGGGAUUGAAGAUGUAGGGCUGCAGGUUUGGAGAGGGGCCCUCCUAUUAAGUGAUUUCUUGAUUUGCAAUGAAGAAAGAUUUGAUGGAUGUUUUGGCUUGGAGCUUGGAGCAGGUCUUGGUUUAUGUAGCAUCAUAUUGGGAAGAGUGGCAAAGAGACUGUUCUGUACAGAUGUUGGAGACACCAUUCUCAGCAACUGCAAUGCCAACAUAGCAGCUAACUCUCAUCUUUUUAGAUAUGGCAGUGAAGCUGUUACAGUUCAUGAAAUGGACUGGCAGAAAAAAGGAUUACCCUCUGAGAAUGGUUCUUUCUGUUGGACAAUAGAAGAUCAAGAGCUGUUUAAAGCUAUCACAGUUGUAUUGGCUGCAGAUGUGAUUUAUGAUGAUUCCUUAACUGAUGCUUUCAUUGAAACAGUCUUGCAUCUUUUUGAGCAAAAGACAGACAUAGUCCUUUACUUGACAGUGGAGAAACGAUUGAAUUUUACCCUGAAGGAUCUUGCUGUAACCUGUCCAGCAUACUCCCAUUUUACUGAGAGAAUAGAUGAACUGGAAAGUAAACAAAAAAGACUAACAGCAAGGAAACUCUCCACUGAUUUUCCUAAGUACCUACAGUAUGACAGAGUAAAGGAGCUGGAACUGUGGGAAAUUAAACCAACUUAACCUGAUGUUGACAUGGAAAACUUUAAACACCCGCCAACUGAAUGAAGGUGUCAGAGCUUUGAACUGGUUAAAUUUAUCAGGUUCCAUCAACCUUCUCACACGGGUUCCAAUGGCCUUGUGUCUUUGAGGAAUUUUAAGAGGCAAUGGACAAACACGAGUUGGAAACUUCCUCACUGUUCACACAAGAGAUGGUGUACGGCAGGUGUUACUACUUUUUAUGGACAAGCUUCCUUUAUAUAAACUGCCAGAGAACUGGUAUCAUUUAGAGUGGGACAAGGACAAGGAGAUCUACAAACUUGUGUGACGCUCUGACCAGCAGGAACUGCACAUUGAUCGGCUUAAAUGUCAAAGGUAAUGGAUCAGGAGAUGGAGGAAUAGAAGACUUGUCUGAGGCUUUAACCGACAAUAUCAUUCUGUAAAUUAACGAGCUUUAACUAAGUCCAACUGCAAGCUAAGGAGCCUAGACUUCUCCUAACUCUUUGACCCCUAAGAGUGACUAGCAUCUAAUUUCUCCUUACAGUAUCACCCCUACAUCAAACACUAAGGUCAUGAGAAUAAUGGAAAUGAUCAACAAGCUAAGUACAGAAGCUCUUGAUUGUUGAGCAAAAUCUCCUUGUCAGUACCAUAGAAAAUGUAUAGAAAAUAGUAUAGAGAAUAUGCACACUGAUCUUAGGGUGUAAAAGGUUAAAAUAAAAUAACAGUUAUGGCAAACAGUAAUUUGGCUAAGUACUAAGUGGUACUGAUUGUAAAGUUAAGCAGACAUAAUACUUUCUUUUUCCAUGACAAGUUAGAAGUAUCAAGCUCGGAUAGGCUCCCCCUGUUAUAUAUAAUAAAUUCCAUUCUUAUGAAGGAUAGUUAAUUUUUUGAUAAAGGAUAGUACAUUAUUUUUUAUAAAUGACUGUUUAGUCGUGUACCUCACAUUAUAGACUUGCCACCUGUUGUUGAUCAAAUGGAGUAUUAUACGUGACUCUUAGCGUGAGAGACAAACGUCGCCAUCAACAACUGAUGACCGACUCUGAAUUGUUAGACAAACGAUUAUCAAACUUCCAUUUUUAUUUUGGCUCAUGUAAAGCUUAUUUCAGCUAAUGGAUUACAAAUGCAAUAGCAAAGUAAGUAUUUCUGGAAGCUUACAUGUGAUUCCGAAUAACGGAUCUGUGGGCAAUCCUUUUAUAAGUUUUAAUAAACGCUCGCACUUUAA